GCGUUCUUGUCACUAUUCACAUACACCUGGGCAUCUCUGUCUGCUGUCCUCCAGCUCUGCCCCGGUCCCUGUUCCGCACAGCAACCACAGCCACGCCUGAGCUUGAGAGCCACUGCUGACCAGCAUGUCAAGCUGCUACGUUAACGCGUUUGGCAGCGUUCGAUGCUACGACAGCGCCUGGGACAGCUGGGUGCGAUGGCUCGUCCUCGCCCUCAUUAUUGUCGCCGCUUUCCUGCUGUUCUUCGCAUUUAGCUGCAUCUCCGCCCGUCGCCGUCGCAAGCUGGGCCAUAAUCCGUACAGAGGAACGGGCUGGGCGCUAGGACGAACACCGCCUGGGCAUGCGCCUGCGCAGUACACGAAUCAGCAGCCAUACUACCAGAAUGCACAGCCAUACUACGGAAACUCACAACCAUACUACAACAACAGCAACAACCCUCCGCCUGCGUACACGCCUCCGCCGAACAACAGCCAAUACGGACAGCAAAACCACAAUGGACCAUACGGCAACGAUGUGGAGCUGCAGCAGCCGUCUUCGACGUACGGCGGAUACAGGAAUCAAGAGGCGGGCGUGUACGAGCCACCGAAGGGCCCUCCCCCGGUUGUGAGGUAAUAGAUGGAGGAGAAGAAUUGUCGCGAGGUGCAGAUUGUGGGAAAGGAAACUGGAUUUUGCAAGAUGCGUGAAAGAUACCAUGAUAUGGUCUUGGGUGGCACAAUACCUUGUACAGAAGUUUACGAACGAUAUGAUAGGCGCUUGUUAUGAACACAAAAUCAACCUCAUAUUGCGACAGAAAUAUGCUGUCGUACUGCUCCAUAUUUGGCACAACAUCACGGAGAGCACAAGACUGUGG